UGGAAAAGGUAAAUGACUCAGAGCUGUUAUCUUGGUAAAGGGAGGUAGCACAAAGUAUUGACUAAAAGGGUGCUAAUAAUUGAUGAACACCUAUAUUUAACAAAGAUAUUUUUUUUUGAUAAACUUGUGUUUUGUUUGCAAUUGAUUGAUAUCCAUGAGAGCAAAGUAUUUUUGUGAUUUUUUUUUUAAACAAAAGAUGAAAAGGUUAAACAAUAAAGAAAAUUUUUCACAGCCUUUCACAAUUUUUCACAUCCAUUGUACUGUAGGUGUUAAGCCUACCUGGAACUGAGAUAAUGUCAAAAACCGUACAAUUACUUUGCUAAUUUAAAUGUUUCUCUAAAAUCAUCCAUCAUCAUUUCCAGAUUUUAAAUUGUAUUUCUUAAUUUAUUUAUUUUGUGCAAGGCCACUGAGUUGCUAUGUGUCACUAAGCUGAUUCAUUAAUUUUCCAUUUAUUGAAUGAGAAUAAUACUUAAUGGAUGCCAAUAUAAAUAUACCAAUUCAUGAGUUUAGGUGUGGUUCCUACCACUGAGAGAUAACAAUUCCCUGGCACUCUCCAUGAGCAAGGCUGAUUUAGAAACAAAUAUUUUUACAUUUCUUCUUUGUCUUUAACAAAAUUCCAGAUGAACAUUAUAGUGGUUUUAACAUGUUUAUAUACUUUGUUCAAAAUUACUGUUUGAUUUUCAAACAGAGGUUACAUUUAACUGAACCAUGUUCAAACAAACAGCUUUAAAAAUAAAUAAAUAAAUAACAGCUGCAUUUAUCUGUAUUUGAUCAAUACUUUCUUGUUUGUUUGAUUGCUGUUGUUUUUUUCUUUUUAUUAUUGUUAGUCUAAGGACUGUGUGUGGUUACUCAGGGACAAUAAAGAUAACCUUGAACCUUGAUCAGAGAAGCAACCCUCCUUGGUGUUAGGUACUGUGUUGUUCAGAAAGUUCCCAAAAGGCUCUAAGUAUGAAGCUCCUAAAGUUGACUUUGGCUAGAAUUUUCAUCUGUGCCUCUGUGGCUCUUUUUCUGAUCAAUUAUCUGAAUAGAUGGAGAGUAUUAAAUAACAACCAGACAGACAAAAGUGGUGCACUCAAGAGAGGACAUGACAAGGAACAAACUGUUGAAAAACUCUAUGACCUGUUGAUGUCCUUCGAUGAAAAACAAAAUCGAAUGCAGAAGAUGCUGGAAGAGAUGCAAAAAAACAGAGAAGAGAAGAAAAAAAGUGCAGGAAAUCCUAAUUCCCUGCUUUUCCCAGAAUCUUAUCUGUUUAGAACAUGGGGUAGAAAUCUUUCCCAUGACGAGCAGCGUGAGGCACAGGAGGGCUUUAAAAAAUAUGGAUACAAUGUCUACCUGAGUGACCGGCUACCAAUUAAACGACCACUACCAGACACCCGUGAUCCCAGGUGUGCUACAAAGGUGUAUCCAGAGCAGCUCCCUUCGCUCAGUGUGGUUCUGAUCUACCUGAACGAGGCUCUGUCGAUCUUAAAGAGAGCCAUACACAGCAUCAUCCACAGAACGCCUGCUCACCUGCUGAAGGAGAUCAUACUGGUGGACGAUCACAGCACUAAUGAGGACCUGAGAGGGAGUUUUGAUUUCUACAUUGCUAGUACACUGAAGCAGCAUCCUCAGCUGAAAAUCCUGAGAGUGAGACACGAUCGGCAGAUGGGCCUCGCCCAUGCACGAGUCUCUGGUUGGACUGCCGCUAGUGCUGACGUGGUGGCCAUUUUGGAUGCACAUAUAGAGGUCAAUGUGCAGUGGGCAGAGCCACUGCUAGCGCAGAUCAAGGCAGACAGAACAGUGAUUGUCUCUCCUGUGUUUGACAAAGUCAAUUAUUACGACCUUGAAGUUGUUCGGUAUAUGCCUGCUGCUCAUGCCUUUGACUGGUCGCUGUGGUGUAUGUACGAGUCUUUCAGCCCUGAAUGGUAUACACACAAUGAUGCCUCAAUUCCUGGAAAGUCUCCCUCCGUUAUGGGAAUUCUGGUUGCAGACAGAGCUUUUCUGGGUGAGAUCGGCAGCCUGGACGCAGGAAUGGAGGUUUACGGUGGAGAAAAUGUAGAGCUUGGUAUUCGGGUAUGGACGUGUGGUGGGAGCAUCGAGGUAGUGCCGUGCUCCAAGAUCGCCCACAUAGAGAGAGCCCACAAGCCGUAUAUGCUCGACCUGAGCCAUGCCAUGAAGAGAAAUGCCCUGCGAGUGGCUGAUAUCUGGAUGGAUGAGUACAAGUAUCAUGUUAACAUAGCCUGGAAUCUUCCCUUUAAAGAUCAUGGCAUUGAUAUUGGGGAUACUUCAGAAAGAAAGAAACUCAGAGAGAAACUAGGCUGUAAACCGUUCAAGUGGUAUUUGGAGAAUGUUUAUCCUAAACUAGACAACUGGAUCAACCUUGUGGGCUACGGAGGAAUGAAAAAUUUAGAUGCACUGCUGUGCUUGGAUCAAGGUCCUAUACCAGGUCAUGUUCCUGUAGCCUACGCAUGCCAUUAUUAUAGUUCUCAGCAUACCUUUUACCAAGAAAGCAGCAAGUUCUAUAUUGGUGGGAUCCAGUCUCAUAAAUAUAAUGACAACAGGUGUCUGGUGGAUCCUGGCACGGGGAAUGUCCCUGGUUUAUACCCAUGCAAAGAGGCCUUGAUGAGGAAUAUGGGCAUAUACUGGGAUUUUAAACAGGGUGGUGAACUGCACAAUCGAGUGACAAACAGGUGUUUGGAAAUACACCAUCACACUCUUGUUAUGCGGAACUGCUCAGGACAGCGAUGGGAGAUUCAACAUGUUAUCAAACUCUCCUGAUGGUUUUCCCUGUCUCAUUUGCAUUUGCAUGUUCAUGUAAAACUCUAAUGUGAUGUACAAUAUAUACGUAAAUGCCUACAAGUGUACAAGAAUCCUAAACAUAGGAUAUUUUAUAUGAAUAAUUCUUCUUUCUUUUUUUAAAAAAAAUCAAAUGUCCUUACAACAGCAAAUGUCCUGUUUAUUAAUAUGGAAUAUAAGGAUGUAAUGUGAAGAUCUAUGUAAGGAACACACACUGGGGUGGUGUAGUACAGUCCAUCGCAAAGGGGAGUUACUGUUAACAAUUUGAGGUGGAUUAUUUUCUAAUUUGCCAAUGAUUACAAUUUACAGUUUAUCAAUGAACGACACGUCGUUCUUUCAUCUUUCAUAAUUACAUUUAAUGUCGUGCUCCAGAAAACAGGUCAGUUCUUCAGGCAGCUAUAAACAGUUGUUCUCUCUUUUUUCUCUCUUUCUUUCUCUUAAAAUUAUAUGAUUUUUUUUAAAAAACAAAAUAUAUGCAGUUUGUCAUUUUACUGAGAAAUUUCUAAGCACAAAGCCCUCUGUCCUGAGACAUGGAAAUCCUAAAGUGAGCGUCCUGUUUUACUUAAAGAACAGAGAUCUAUCAGAGUCUGAUCUUCACAACACUGUUCCCACAACUGUUUGUGGAAGUGUAUAAUUGCACGAACAAAGGAAAUUUAGGAGGACCUCAGAAAAAGAGCUGUUGAUGCUCAUCAGUCUGGAAAAGGUUACAAAAUAAUCUCUAAAGAGUUUGGACUCCAUCAAUCCACAGUCAGACAGAUUGUGUGGAAAUGGAGGAAACUCAAGACCAUUGUUACCCUCCCCAGGAGUGUUCAACCAACAAAGAUCACUCCAAGAGCAAGACAUGUAAUAGUCCACGAGGUCAUAAAGGAACCCAGAGUAACUUCUAAGCAACUAAAGCCCUCUGUCACAUUGUCUAAUGUUAUUGUUCAUGAGUCCACCAUCAGGAGAACACUGAACAGCAAUGGUGUGCAUGGCAGAGUUGCAAGGUGAAAGUCACUGCUCUCCAAACGAACAUUGCAUGCACAUGCCAGAAGGCUAUUGGAAAAAAUUUGUGGAUGGAUGAGACCAAAAUACAAUGUUUUGGUUUAAAUCACAUUGUCCUUAAAUUUCCUCUUUGAGGACAAAUAAAAUUAUCUAUCUACAUAAAUGAGUAGGGUUAUGUUUGCAGAAAGUAGUUGUUGGAUAAUAGUAAUUAAUUAUGUGUCAAUGUGUCAUGCUCCCUUGUUCAUACCAGCUUUCAAAAUAAUAUUAAACUUGUUUCUUUCAUAAGAGCUUAUUUUCAUAGUUUGUGAAUUUAAAAAAAAGAAAAAUAAAUAAAGAAAAAUAAAUAAAAGUCCUUGUAAAAGUGUUUUUGUGUGAAACCUUAGGUGCUACGCUCAGAUUUUUAUUACAUCUACAAUAUUUAUUACUGAAGUACAUAUACACACUCCAG